AUUUCUUUUUUGUUUAUGUUUUUAAUGAAUACAAAGAAUAAAAAAACUAUAUAUAAAAUCUAUAUAAUUUCUAUUAUGUAUAUAUAUACCUUUUCAUUAUUUAUGUGUUUUUGUAAGAAGAAAAUUUAUGUUAAAAAGCUUAUUAAAGUUUUAAUAAAAAAAAUGAAAUAACAAUAAAAAUAUUAAAGUUAUUAUAUUUAAAUUAAAAUAUUAUCAGAUUUAUCUUGAUGGUAGGCUGGUAGCAAAGUAACAAUACAAUUUAUAAUGUUACGGCAAGAUGGAUAAUAAGCAAAAUUUUGCGAAAUGAAAACGGGGAUAAUUUUAUAGAAGAAGAUUUCUAAAAGAAUUUAUAUUUUCAAUUUUUUUGUGAAGCUACGUUAUAUAUACAUAUACAGUGAAAGCUUAAAUAUUUUUAUUUUUCUUUAUGGGUUUUUAGAAAAAUAAUUAAUUUUCUUUGCAAAAAAAUUUCUAUGUUUAUAUUUUAUUAAUAUUUAUUUUCUAUUUUUGUGUUUCUCCAAAGGAUAAAAUUAAAAAGUUAACUAAAAUCUUAUUAUUAAAAAUGAAUACCAAUAAAAUCUAUUAAAGUUAAUACUCAAAGUAAAAAAUAUUAUUAUGUUUUAGAAGAAUAUUUUUAAAAUAAUUUAUAUUUACAAUUUUUGUGAAUCCACGUUAUAUAUAUAUAUAUAUAUAUAUAUAUAUUAAAAGUUUAUAGAUUUUCCUUUUUAUUUAGGUUGUUUUAGGUAAAUUUAGAAAAUAAUUAAAGUUCAUUAUAUUUUAAAAUUUAUAUGUUUAUAUUUUAUUAAUAUUUCUUUAUUUAUUUAUUUGUUUUUCAAAAAGGAAAAUUAAAUUAAAAAGUUAACUAAAAUCUUUUUAUGAAAAAAGGAAAUACAUUAUUAGUAUCAAUCAUAUAUGAAAAUUUUAGUUUACUAAGGGUAUCUAUGUAAUCAACCAGCGACACAUAUGAAACUAACUUCUCAAAUAAUGUUAUAGAGAUUCAAAAAGGAAAAUUAAAUUAAAAAGUUAACUAAAAUAUUUUUAUGAAAAAAGGAAAUACAUUAUUAAUAUCAAUCAUAUAUAAAACAAUUUAGUUCAUUAAUGGUAUCUAUGUAAUCAACCAUCGUGAGAAUUAAUGUGAGCGUGACACAUAUGAAACUGACUUCUCAAAUAAUGUUAUAGAGAUUUUAACUUUCUUUGACAGUUUUUGGGUUUUCCUUGGACUUGUAAUCACAAUUUUAAUUGUAAUAUUAAGUUGCUCAUUAUAACAGAUUCUUUUAAUUCACUAUAAAGAAUAUCAUUUUCUUGCAGAAGAAAAGAUAAGAUCUUAAUUUGGAGAAUUAAUGGCUAGCUUCAACAACUUUGUGUUACAACUUCUGUUAACAAUCCCUCUUAUAAUAGUCGCUGAAGCAGCUCGAGAUCGACGAGCAAUACUAUCAGAAAAAGAGAAAAAAGAACUUGAGAGGCAACUCAAAGCUAUCAACAAACCAGCAAUCAAGAGUUUCAAGACUGAACAUGGUGAAAUAUUUGAUUGUAUCGACAUUUACAAGCAACUAGCCUUUGAUCAUCAUCUGCUCAAAAACCACACUGUUCAGGUGAAGCCUACAAGUGUACCUAAAUGGAUCACAAGCAAAAAUAUUUCACAGAAACUUGAUCCCCUGCAGCUUCUGCCGAGGGGCAUAAGCUGUCCAGAUGGAACCGUAAUUGUUAAAAGGACUACAAUGCAAGAUCUGUUAAACGUGCAGCAUCUGAAAUCAAUUGGAUUCAACAGACAUAGACAUGUCCAUACAGAGGGAAAUGACAUCGAUUUAACUGGACAUCAUUUUGCAACAAUUGAUUACGAAUAUAGCACUGUUUCUGGAGUAAAAGGAAACAUUAACCUAUGGGAUCUACAAGUGUCACAAGAUCAAGUUAGUCUUGCAACCAUGGCUAUUGCUGGAGGUCCUAUUGAAAACCUCGCCAGUAUUUCAGUUGGAUGGAUGGUCAAUCCAUUGCUGUACCAAGAUCACAUUCACUUGUAUACCUACUGGACUGCCGAUGGAUAUAAGAAAACCGGCUGCUACGACAUAAGAUGUCCAGGAUUUGUGCAAGUCAGUAAGAGGAUACCACUUGGUGUCCUUCUUAAACCAGUUUCGAUUUAUGAUGGUACACAGUACCAGAUGGAAUUAAGCUUGCAUCAGGAUCAUGCUACAGGAGAUUGGUGGUUUAUAUUUGGUGGUGUGAAUGUUGGGUAUUGGCCAAAGUCAUUAUUCAUAGCUUCAGGCUUAGCUAAAGGAACGGAUAAGGCAUCGUGGGGAGGUCAAGUGUACAGUCCACUGACAAAGAAGAGUCCAUUUAUGGGCAGUGGGCAUUUCCCAAAUGAAGGUAUGGGAAAAGCAGCAUUUAUAAACGGUAUUGAAAUCAUUGAUGGAAAGGGAGAAGCUUUGAUUCCACAGAUCUAUACUAUAAAGACACAUGAGAGCAGUCCAAAUUGUUAUAAGGCCAAGUUUAUUCAUGAUGAUGAUGAUCCUUGGAUAAGAGCUGUUUUCUAUGGUGGUCCUGGCGGUUGCACAGGGCAAUUAUCAUCUGAAGAGUCAGAAGGUCUUAAGAAUUUAGAUAAGCUAUGACAGGAUCUUUAGAUAUUUGAAGUGUAUCCAAGCAUUACAUAUGGUCUAUCAAGCACCAAUUUUACUGUUUAUUUGGAGUUGAGUGCAAACUCACCUGGAAUAUAAAAUACUAGUCCUAUGUA